CCGGCACAGUCCCGCGUCGCCAGCAACCUUCACCAUGAUCCACAGUCUGUUCUUGAUCAACUCAUCGGGAGACAUUUUCCUGGAGAAGCACUGGAAAAGUGUGGUCAGCCGCUCGGUGUGUGAUUACUUUUUUGAGGCACAGGAGAGGGCGACGGAGGCGGAGAACGUGCCUCCGGUCAUCCCUACCCCACACCACUACCUGCUAAGUGUUUACCGCCACAAGAUCUUCUUCGUGGCCGUGAUCCAGACGGAGGUCCCGCCCCUGUUUGUCAUCGAGUUCCUUCAUCGGGUAGUGGACACGUUUCAGGAUUACUUUGGAGUCUGCUCCGAGCCAGUGAUCAAAGACAAUGUGGUGGUAGUGUAUGAGGUGUUGGAGGAGAUGCUUGACAACGGAUUCCCGCUGGCCACCGAGUCCAACAUCCUGAAAGAGCUCAUCAAACCUCCCACCAUCCUGCGGACGGUGGUCAACACCAUAACAGGGAGCACUAAUGUGGGCGACCAGCUUCCCACUGGACAGCUGUCUGUGGUGCCUUGGCGGCGGACUGGAGUGAAAUACACCAACAACGAGGCGUACUUCGAUGUGAUUGAAGAGAUUGACGCGAUUAUUGACAAAUCAGGUUCCACCAUUACGGCCGAAAUCCAGGGAGUGAUUGAUGCCUGUGUCAAGCUGACCGGCAUGCCAGACCUCACCCUCUCCUUCAUGAACCCCCGGCUGCUGGAUGACGUCAGCUUCCACCCCUGUGUGCGGUUCAAGCGCUGGGAAGCCGAGCGGAUCCUCUCCUUCAUCCCUCCCGACGGCAACUUCCGCCUGCUCUCUUACCAUGUCAGUGCCCAGAAUCUGGUUGCGAUCCCAGUGUACGUCAAGCACAGCAUCAGUUUCCGGGACAGCAGCUCCCUUGGGCGCUUUGAGAUCACCGUGGGACCCAAGCAGACGAUGGGCAAGACCAUUGAGGGCGUGAUUGUCACCAGCCAGAUGCCCAAGGGCGUCCUGAACAUGAGCCUCACACCGUCGCAGGGCACGCACACUUUCGACCCCGUGACGAAGAUGCUGUCCUGGGACGUUGGGAAAAUAAACCCCCAGAAGCUGCCAAGCCUGAAGGGGACCAUGAACCUGCAGGCUGGGGCCCCCAAGCCAGAUGAGAACCCCACGAUCAACCUGCAGUUUAAGAUCCAGCAGCUGGCCAUUUCUGGACUCAAAGUGAACCGCCUGGAUAUGUACGGAGAGAAGUACAAACCAUUCAAGGGCAUCAAGUACAUGACCAAAGCCGGCAAGUUCCAAGUUCGAACCUGAAGGGCGUGCUUUGCAGAGAGGGACCGCUCACCGACUCGUUUUUGUCUUUUACUUGUCUGAAAGUAAAAAAAUAUCUAGCUGUCUCUUGGGUCAGCCCCUGCAGGACGCACCUGCUCCCU